AAAAGAAAAAGAAAAAGAGAAAAAGAAAGAAAAUCUUCAGGAAACGUAAAAGUCACCGCUUAGGAAAAACACGGAUCAGGAAGCAAAUCAGACGGAAAAGGAUUAUGGGCUUGAAGAUGGACAGAUACAGACAGGCUGACCUGAACCUGAAAAUCAGCUGGGCUUUCAUUUCACAUUUGAACGAACGAAGGCAAUGAGCUUGUGUUCUUCCGCUUCUCCCCUACGGAAACUGAAAGUAUCCAAAUCCGCCAACCACCUGCUUUCCCGCGCUUUAACAAGCCACAACCACCAUGAGGAACACAGUAGCAGCCGCACCUUCAACAGCAACCAGAACACAUCAAGCCCAGUUGAUUCUGAUCUCAUUGCUGAAUUCACGCGACAUGGCUCUCUAUCUAAUCCUUACUUUCUCAACAAAAUCGUUUCCUUUUGUGCCAAAUCCGGUUCUUUCCAUUUGGGAAUUCAAGCCCACUCAACUAUUCUCAAAUUGGGUUUUAUUUCAAACGUGUAUAUUUGUAGUGCUGUUGUUGAUAUGUAUGCAAAAUGCGGCGAAAUUUCAAGUGCACGAGUAUUGUUUGAUCAAAUGCCUCAAAGAACUGUUGUUACGUGGAAUUCGUUGAUUUACGGGUAUUUGGCUGUCAAUUGUCCGAAAAUAGCUAUUGAAUUGUUUAUCAAGAUGUUAAAAGCUGCUAUAAAUGUGUCAGCGUUUAGUGUUUCGAGUUGUCUGGCAGGUUGCUCGCAAUUAGAGGCCAGAGAAGUCGGGACUCAGGUUCAUGGGCUAAUUUUGAAAACUGGAUUGGGUUAUAAUGUUGUUGUGGGAACGAGCUUGGUUGAUAUGUACUCAAAGUGUGGCGAUGUUGAUGAUUCCAGGCUGGUUUUUGAUCAUAUGGUGAAUAGGAAUGUAAUUACUUGGACUUCUAUGGUUACUGGGUAUUCACAGAUUGAAAAACCUGAUGAAGCAAUGGCUUUGGUUAAAGAAAUGGUGCUUCAGGAUCUCAGGCCAAAUUGUGUAACCUAUAACAGCUUGCUAAGUUCAUUUUCUGGUCCUGAUUGUUUAAGUUAUUGCUUGCAAGUUCAUUGUUGUAUAAUUCAAUUAGGUUUAGAGUCUAAUGUGUAUAUAGCAGCUACACUGGUCACCGUGUAUUCAAAAUGUAGUAGUAGUUUAGAGGACUUCAAGAAGGUGUGCUCAGUUGUUAUGACAUGUGACAAUAUAGCUUGGAAUGCAGUCAUUGCUGGUUACUCAAAAUUAGGGCGUCAUGAGGAAGCUCUCAGAUGUUUCCAUGAAAUGAAGCAGGCUGGUAUUGAUAUAGACUCUUACACGUUAACAAGCGUGGUAGGAGCAAUUGGGAAUAGUUCAUUUCUUGAAGAGGGAAAGGCAAUGCAUGCUCUCAUUCACAGAACUGGCUAUAUUUCACACUUGAAUGUUCAAAACGGGCUUGUUUCCAUGUAUGCGAGAUGUGGAGCCAUCGGUGAUUCGAAGAGAGUCUUUUGGUUCAUGGAGGAACAUGAUGUGAUCUCAUGGAAUGCACUUCUAACAGCAUUUGCUCAUCAUGGAUAUGGCAGAGAGGCUGUGGAAUUGUUUGAACAAAUGAGAAAAACUGAAAUCAAGCCGAAUAGUUCUACCUUCCUAGCUGUGCUGUGUGCUUGUAGCCAUGUUGGUUUUGUGGAUAAGGGAAUUGAGUAUUUUGACACGAUGAAAAGUGAUAUUUUGCUAGAACCCCUUAAAGUAGAGCAUUAUGCCAGUCUUGUAGAUACUUUUGGUCGAGCUGGGUAUCUUAAUGAGGCGGAAGCCUUCAUUAAUAGCAUGCCUAUAGUACCAGCGCCCUCAGUCUAUAAAGCUCUUCUUAGUGCUAGUCUGGUUCAUGGAAAUAGAGAGAUUGCUGCACGUUCUGCAAAAAAGCUUCUAGAGCUCUGGCCUAAUGAUCCAGCGACAUAUGUACUGCUAUCCAGUGUAUUGACUGUGGACGGUAAUUGGGACGAUGCAGCAGAUUUACGGAAACUGAUGUGUGAUAGAGGGCUAAGGAAGAAGCCUGGUUAUAGUUGGACUUGAGAGAACGGAUGCCUGGUUUUUUUCUUGCAAUAUCCAGCCCAGUGUCAUUGCAGCAGAAUAGUAGCUGGUUUUGAACAGUCAUUGUCAGGCAGUGGCUGACAGAACUUUUUACCUGGUUUGCUUUUAGCAUACAGGAGUGAUCAGCUAUUUGGGUGAGAAAUGUUCUCAAAUCAACUGUCUGAAAGGAUGAGUCAAGGUUACAGAUUUCAAGUCUCUAUUCUUUUGAUCCAGCCAUACAGAAGAGUGCGGAUGGGUGAUUGUGCAUGAUGAACUAUGGGAAUGGGAGGAAGAAAUAGCAUGAUGCACUGCCGGUGAACCAAACUGCUAGCCACUAGUUUGUUGUGCUUUAAGAUUUGCCCUGCAUCAGAAUAGAAGCAGAACCAUGAAAUGCAGUGUGUCCCAUGAAUUACUAAAAUAGCCAAGGCGGGCGCUGCACCUUUUGGCAGGGUGCGAGCCAUCCCCAACACCCCCCACGCCCCUCUAUUAUUUUUCAAAAGUUAUUUUGACCCCAUAUGUCUAAGGUUUAUAUCAAUUACCCCCUCCAAAAGUUUGCUUAUUUUAGUUGUCACCUUCAUCCUUGUAUUUUUCUCACGUUUCCCCUCAUUUAUUUUACUCCAUCCCUGCCACUGAAGACAGUCAUCGAUUGUUCAACACCAGUGAGAUCCAAAUAGUCAAAGCAUCAUGGAGGUAAAAAAAUUAUAUGGGAACAUCCAGAGAUUCUCGAGAAGGGAGAAAAGGAAAGAAAAAUUUCAUAGAUGAAUUACUAACGUAUUCCCUAAAAAGUUUAGAUUGUAAUGAGAUUCCAUCAUUUUUUUUGUUCAUUAUCUUUCUGCUUUUCCUUGCUCUUUCACUCUCGUUUUGGUUUGGCUGUCCCCCUCAAUCUUUAGCUUUUGGUACAAGGAAGUUUCAUGAGGGUCAUACAUUUUCAUGUGAUGUAAACUUUUUUUUUCUUCGUUUAUUGGCAAUUACAUUUUUUCUUGGACAAAAAAUAAGAUGGAAAGUCACAAUGUAGUUCCACCAGACCCCGAGCGAUCUGGGAUUAAAGUUGAAUUGAGUUAAAUAGAAACAGCUAAAGGUUUGAGAAGAA